GCUGGGCUGAGCGGGGCCACGGGGAAGGCGGGCAGAGCUCCGGCACGAGCACCGGCAUCUUCAUGCUGAGGCGUGGGACGUGACUCAGGGAACACCCUUGAGCUUCGUCAUGGGAGCUGUGGUAGCUGACGAUGGUCCAUCUGGUGUUAAAGCCCCUGAUGGAGGCUGGGGCUGGGCUGUCCUUUUUGGCUGUUUUAUCAUCACAGGGUUCUCCUAUGCCUUUCCUAAGGCAGUUAGUGUCUUCUUCAAAGAACUUAUCCGGGAAUUUGGCAUUGGAUAUAGUGACACUGCAUGGAUUUCCUCUAUUCUGUUGGCCAUGCUUUAUGGAACAGGUCCACUCUGUAGUGUAUGUGUCAACCGCUUUGGCUGUCGCCCUGUCAUGCUGGUGGGUGGCCUUUUUGCCUCAAUGGGGAUGGUGAUUGCCUCCUUCUGCACAAGUAUUGUUCAAAUCUAUCUAACCGCAGGUGUGAUUACUGGUUUGGGUCUGGCACUGAACUUUCAGCCUUCACUCAUCAUGUUAAACCGUUACUUUGACAAACGCCGUCCCUUAGCCAAUGGGCUAUCUGCUGCGGGGAGUCCAGUGUUUCUUUGUGCUCUCUCACCAUUGGGGCAGAUACUACAACACGAAUAUGGUUGGAGAGGAGGAUUCCUUAUACUGGGUGGGAUGCUGCUCAACUGCUGCGUAUGUGGCGCAUUAAUGAGACCUUUGGAGCCACCAAAAAAGCCUGAAGCUACCAAAGACCCAGCUGAGAAGAAAGCAAAGAAAAAACUUCUGGAUUUCAGUGUUUUUAAAGAUGGUGGUUUUGUAAUCUACACGCUAGCAGCCUCUAUCAUGGUGCUUGGCCUCUUUGUUCCCCCAGUUUUCGUUGUGAGUUAUGCCAAGGAUUUAGGAUAUCAAGACACCAAAGCAGCUUUUCUUCUAACUAUUCUGGGAUUCAUUGAUAUCUUUGCUCGGCCUAUUUGUGGAAUGGUAGCUGGUCUUAAAUGGGUUAGACCACGCUGUGUCUACCUCUUCAGUUUUGCUAUGAUUUUCAAUGGCUUUACAGAUCUCAUGGGUUCUAUGUCUGUUGAUUAUGGUGGCCUGGUGGUGUUUUGUAUUUUCUUUGGCAUUUCUUAUGGAAUGGUAGGUGCUCUUCAGUUUGAAGUUCUCAUGGCUAUUGUGGGUACCCAGAAGUUUUCCAGUGCUAUUGGCUUAGUGCUCCUGGCAGAAGCUAUGGCUGUUCUAAUUGGUCCACCAUCAGCAGGAAAACUCCUGGAUGCAACAGGGAGGUACAUGUUUGUUUUUAUUAUUGCUGGAAUUGAAGUUACCACCUCAGCACUUGUAUUGGCCUUGGGAAAUUUCUUCUGCAUUAAGAAAAAAUCAGAAGAACCACACACAAAAGAAGAAGCAGCAGAAAGAGAGGAGUUAAACAAAUCUGAAGACAAAACUCCUGAAGAUGCCAGCAAGGUGGACUCUAUUGAAGUGGAACAGUUUCUGAAAGAUGAGCCUGAAAAAAACGGUGAAGUUGUAACUAACCCAGAAACAUGUGUGUAAGCAUGACAGGAAACCAACAAACCUUCUAGAAACAAAAGAUUUUCAACACUAUUUAUUUUAGAAAUAGAACUAGUUUAGGGCUGGGCCAUCUUUAUUAACUGGAAACUGGUCAGCUCCUCAGGGCUCUGGAAGCUGAUUAGCUAGAAAACCUUUUAUUGGAAGAUUGGCUUGAUCAGUAAAAGGUAGAACAUUGUGGUUAUACAUUUUAUGCAAACUAAAAAGCUUUUAUAAACACAGGUAUAGUCUUGCUAUGCAUCACCAGAAACUGCUCAGUCGGUAGAGAUACAGAAAGAAUAUCUUUUAAGAAAAGUGGAAUUACAUGUACAUUUUCAGACAAUAUUAGUGAAUUUGCUGUGUUGUGCAGCUAAUUUCCCUUUCUGUGUUCUUUGUGAAGGGGAAAGAGUUUGAGACAAAGAAAAAUCUCAGGAACUUAAAAGGUCUUCAAUAAGUUUUUGAAUUUGUUACAUUUUCAGAUUUUUAGAUUAAUUGGCUCAGCCCUAAUUUAAUUUUGGUAAUAUGUAUUACUUUAUGUAAAUGUAUUUCUAACUUUUGUCUAUACCUAUAAUCUUUGUAAUUAUCAUCUAGAAAUACUGUACAUGGAGAGGCACAUUAUAGAUACUGUCCUCAGCAGAUCACAAAAGUGGUAUUCUGAAGUAGUACUGAAAGAAAAUAGAAUGAGCAAAUUGAUCCUGACAGUAAGUAAACAAAGGUAGCCUACAUUUAUAUACACUGUUUUCAGUACAGUUUCCCUGCAGCAUUGAAAGUAUUAUAUGUAACAUGGAGAAUACAGGUACUGGGUUUAGUAGAAUCUUCCCAAAGAGUGUCCAUUUUGCAUAUAAAAGGAACAGUUUAAGUUUCCAGAUGACCAGUAAAUUAAGAGUGGGUAGACUUGAGGAAGGGACUAGACUGUUUAGAAACUUCAGCCAUCUUUAAAGUGCAAUGUUAGCAACAUAGAAAAUCUUCAACAUGGUGGCAGUGUUUUUUUGGUAGUCGACCCCAGCCCACUUACCCCACUUCCCUGUCCUUUUGCUGAAUCUAUGGAAGUUGAAGGGGCUAUUCUUGCUGGUUAAGGAAACUUCAUAGAACUGUUGAUCAUAUGACAUGGCAAAAAGACCAAGAACAGGGUCAGCUCUCAUUGUGCAAACAGAAUGGGAGUUUCUGGCCAGUCUUUAAAUCUUCUCUGACAUUGGUAUGUGGGAAAAAGAAACCGCUCAGACAAGGUAGUGACAGCAUAUUUGAAGGAAAGCAGAAAGGGAAGAUUCAUUGUGACAACACUGAAUUCUUAAGGAAGGUAAAAGGAAGGCAUUGUAUAUGCUCUCCCCCCUUUCAAAAAUUUAAUCUUUUAUAUAAAACCAUGCUACUGAAACCCACCUUUCAGAUAUGUUUAUGAAAAGCUCUCUAGGCUUUGUGACUGCAGUAAUAAUCUUUGAAACAGGCUAACUGUAACAGUCAGUUUUCUCGUUGGUAGCAAAGGAAUAUUGGCUUUCAGGUGCCAAAAUUGUUCAACUUAGUAACUGAAACCCAGAAGCCCCUAAUCCCUUAAAAGCCUUUAUCCCUGUUAAAAUGAACAUUAUUAGUUGUUUCAUAGUUUACCAUUUUAACAGAAACAUACAGUAAAUCCAACAAAGUGCCAAAACCAUGAAGCAUUCCCUAAUGGAACUAUCUCAGAUUCCAGCUUCCAUUCUGGCAGUUGCUUUAAAAUGGUUUUGCAUUGUUAGGACAACAUUGUACAGAAAUUGAAAAGUUAGGAUUAUGAUGUGCUUUUUUUUUUUCUGUGUGUGUGAUUUUAAAAAGAAAUGUAUGCUGCACUUAAUAAACUGUUUAUUUUUAUAUAACAUAUAAUACAUUACUUUAAAACCCUUUAUUAAUUUAGUGGCAGGAACUACUCUGCCAUGUCCUAGUUAUAAGAACAUGGUUACUGAACUUAGCUCCAGUUUGCUAAAGACUAAAUCAGUAUUUAGAACACAACACUGCUAGCUCCAGAAGGCCACCAUACAAAAGGGCAAGAGGAAAAUGGAAUCCACAGAUCAGUUUAUGAUAUCCCUGGAAGCUGCUUCCAAUGAUAAUGUGAAGGCCCUGUUCUGUUUCAAAAAGCAAGAAGUAGAAACCUCCCCAAAAGUGAAUUCAGAUUUUCAAAUAGCCAUUUUUGUCUUACUGUGGUUUUUGGUCACUGGAUUUCUUUGCUAGAUAAUGCUAUCCUGUUAUCACAGAACUAAAUGGUUGUCUUUUUGUUGUUGGUUUUUAGCACAGUUUUAAGUUUCUGUACAGUCUGCAAAUUGGCUAGAUUGUAAUAUCUCAAAAAUCUAUGCUUAACAUGCUGACUUUUCAGACUAUGUUUCAUUUUCCAUACAUAAUACCUUUACAGUGAAGCUGAAAACAAGAAGUGUUAUGUUAUGUGGUUGGGGCAGAAGACGAAGUUACUGAGACAAGUGAAACACAUUUCAACAAGAUGCCAUAAAUAAUUUCUGAAGUAAAUCUAGCGUUCACAGAAAGUGCCUCAUUGGCUUCUGCAACUUCUUUUCAUCAACUUAAACAUGAACUAUUCAGAGUAGUACUGCCAGUGCUCUUGUGCUGUUCACAGCACAGACCUACCAGCGGAUUGCAGUAUUUGUGGGAGCAGGAGAUGCUUACUGCAUGAAAGACAGUCAAACCAGAGGAUUCUUUCAUCGACUGUGAGAAAUAAGGGUGAGUUUAAUUUGCUAGGCAGUUUCACAGAGGCUACAAAAUCUUUUACUGUUUUCAGUAUUUACAAGAAGCAUCAACAGAAA